AUGUCUGAUCAGAAACAACUCAUUCAUAAGCCUCUCAUCGUUGAGGAUGGUGAGGAGUUCUAUGACACUUUCGUUCACCAGCACGAUAAUACGAAUUCCAACGUGCAACAUGGUCUGUCUUCCAAAUUUCAAAGUAGAGCGCUUUGGGAAAUGCUAAUGGAAUAUUCAGCUCGCGGUAAAGAUGACGCAACUGAUCGAACCAAUUUAAUGGGAGGCGACAGAACUCGCCACGCGAAGCCGGGGUUGCAGAGCCAAUAUAGUGAGGGGCCUGAUCAGGAUGAUCUGUCCGAACCCGAAUGA